AAGAACGCUAAAAAUGACAGCAAAAAUAUCAAUUAUAAGACUUGUGUUUAUUUGUUCCUUAAAACUUGGAUUUAUUUACAGCCAGUUCAGUUGUAAAGGAUUUCCAAACGGAUGUUGUCCUGGUUAUCAAUGGAAUAACAAUACAGAAAAGUGUACAGCAUGUGAGGCUGGUUUUUCUGGCAUAAGCUGUACCUAUAAGUGUGUAUAUCCAAGUUAUGGUUUAAAGUGUAAACAGGUGUGUGCUUGUUCCAAUGAUCGCUGUGAUUUCAUAUUAGGCUGCCAAGGAAUCUCGACACUAGUGCAGAAAAGUAAGUACAAUUGA